ACUGCCUCCAUAUAACGCCUCACACCUUCCCCAACAGACGCUGCCGCUGCGUUUAGGCGCCUGUUCCAAACGAAGGCGGUGAAGAAUGAGAAGAGGCUUCAGCCAAUGGGCGGGGCUCCCGCGCUCAGUCCUCUCCUUCCCUUGGUGCAGCGCUGUAGUUAGACCGUGCGGAGUGUUGUGAGGGCAGGACACAGCUGCAGCUAUGGCUUUUGUAUUCUCUGCUAUCAGGGUGCUAUUGGGGUUCUUCUUUGGCUUCGCCGGAGUUGUAAAACUGACAGACCAAGUAUCAGCUGAGGUGCACCAGCACAUGAAAUCCCAGUUUGUCCAGUUUACUGAUGUGUUUCCACUCAAAGACUUUGGUUUUAAGCCCGAUCCUUCUCAAUACCUGCAGGCAGUAGGGUGGGUAGAGCUGGUGGCUGGAAUAUUGCUGGCUUUUGGUCCUCGGAUUCUUCAAGAGAUAAGCAACUUUGUGCUUUGUAUCAUCAUGAUAGGAGCAAUUUACACUCUACUAGUACUAAAGGAACCACUUGCCAUGUGUGCCCCAGCCACUGUAUGUUUGGGCCUUCUCUUGCUUCUUAACAUUCGUGGACAUGGCAGAAAAUCCAAAUCAAAGGCUGAGUAAGAAGAGUUAGAUGUUAUGUUGACCAACUUGGACCAGUCACUUUUCAAAACCUAAAUCUUUCGCUUUGUGGAGACUUUCUGUAAAGAAUGUACAAUUAUAUAGGCUCUGUUAUGGUUCUCUCCACUGACUGUUUUAUUCGCCUUUUGGACCUGAAAUCUAACUAUUCUGUGAUAAAUAUCUAAAGCUACCCAAUGCAUCGAAAAUAAAAGAAGCAGUUAUUCUCACCUGCCCAAAUCUGCUGCUACUCUGUUGGCACCCAGUCCCAGCGGCUGUCCUCUUCCUAGUUCCUGUGUUUUUCCUUGACAGAACAUCAUAGGAACUAGGAAGAAGACACCAGCUCGUAUCAGGAGGUGUCAGAACGGCAGCAGUUGGAGGAUCAGGGCUGGUGAGUUUAGCAGCUUUUCAAAGCAUUGGACAGCAUUAUAUAAAAAUAACUCACUGCCCCAAAAAAGGGUAAGAAAAGGUCUGUGAUGGCCUUUGGUGCUCAUGGCAGUGACAUGUUCUCACCAUGAAGAGUAAUCUGUUGUUCUUCAAUAAAAAAAAUUUCUACAAUGGGUGCAGUAUGUUGGUAAAUAAAUUUGGAGUAUUUUGGAGACAAAGUAAAACAUAACUGAAAUAAACACAGUUUAGCAUUUAGGUAAUUUGUCACUUGAACCAGUUAAAGGAAUCUGAAAGCUGUUAGGUCUGCUGAUCAUGAAAAUGGGGGGGGGGGUGGGGGGGGGUUCCACGUUUCCACAAUUGGAUGGGGCAACAUAGCCAUACAAAGUCUAUGGGACUACCAAUUAUAAGCUGAGUACAGUGCUCUGCUGUUUCUGGCAAUCCCAUAAAGUUUGAAUGCAUGUGCGACUGUUCAACUGAGGUGGUAGAGAUUACCCUGUUCUCAUGGUUGGUUGGGUUCUCAGACCCACCACUGAUUAGGUGUGGGUGUUUUUUUUUUUUUUUUUUUUUAAGCAGGAAUACCCCUUGAUAGCUAUACAACUGUACUUUAUAGACAAUAAUGCAAUGUAUAUGUCAAUUAUCCUUAAUACAUCCUAUAAAGCACUUUUAGGCCACAGCUUUAUCAUGAAAAAGGCAAAGGAGGACUUCAUGGCACAACAGAAAUGACUUGGGGGGAGAUUUAUCAAAAUCUGCAAAGGAAAAGUUGUUCAGUUGCCCAUGGCAACCAGAUUGCUUCUUUCAUUUUUCGCAGGUCUCUUUAAAAAUGAAGAAAGGGUUUUGAUAAAUCCACCCCCCCCCCCUAUAUGUUUGGAACUAUAAUGUGAUUUCCUAAUGUGGCUAGAAGAUGGACCAUCUGUUAUACAGAAACAGUGUGUACUCAGCCUAACAUAUACGUAGGAAAACCGGAGAGGUUUGGUUUCUGACAGAUUAAUAAAUCUGGGCCAAUGAGUUUAUAUAAAAGCACUUGCUAACACCUAAGCGACAUAGGAUGUAAAUGUGCAUCCUGGUGCCCUGAUACUUAACACACCAGGAUAUUCUUUUGCCUCCUAUGGGGCAUUAUAUCUAUGAAAGGAGCGCAUCUGAGGUGGUUGCAGAGCUUGUAUUUACUCUGAUGAGUGCUAUGUCAAUUCAUAGCAAUGAACAGUAAUAGAAAUCCAAAUAUUGCUAUAAAUAUUCCCCAGUGGGACUUAAAAGGUAAAGUAGUAAAUUUCUAAACUAUUAAAAAUGUAAUGUUUAAACAUG